AUGUCUAGCUCAAAUACUGUCUACCGGGCAAGUACCACUGCCCCGGUCAACAUUGCCGUGAUCAAAUACUGGGGGAAGCGUGACACGGCUUUGAAUCUCCCGACGAACUCGUCUCUGUCCGUGACGUUAUCUCAGAAAUCGCUACGAACGCACACCACCGCAUCAUGUUCCGAAUCCUUCUCUGGGCCCGACACCCUAAUACUCAACGGAGAAAAAGAGGACAUUCAGUCUUCAAAAAGAACACAAGCCUGCUUAAAACACCUUCGUUCACUGCGCCAGGAACUGGAGUCGAAGGAUGCUUCUCUACCUAAGCUCUCGAAAUGGACACUGCGGCUAGUGUCUGCCAACAAUUUCCCCACCGCCGCCGGUCUCGCUUCUUCAGCUGCAGGUUUUGCAGCUCUCGUCAGAGCAAUUGCCGACCUCUAUGAAUUGCCCCAAUCCCCGAAAGAGCUCUCCUUGAUUGCUCGGCAAGGCUCUGGAUCGGCCUGCAGGAGCUUGAUGGGCGGCUACGUUGCCUGGCGGGCUGGUACGAACGAGGACGGAAGUGAUAGCUUGGCCGAAGAGGUGGCGCCGCUCUCACAUUGGCCGGAAAUGAGGGCAUUGAUACUGAUUGUCAGCGCCGAGAAGAAAGGUGUCCCAUCAACGGCAGGUAUGCAAACCACGGUCGAGACAUCCACCUUGGCACCUGCACGAUUCAAGGAGAUUGUCCCGCAACGGAUGCAGGAGAUAGAGAAAGCAAUCAAAGAGAGGGAUUUUGAGACGUUUGCGCGGAUCACCAUGCAGGAUUCGAAUUCGUUCCACGCCAUCUGUCUGGAUUCAUGGCCGCCGAUUCACUACUUGAACGACGUGUCUCGCGCAGCCAUGAAUGCGGUGGAGACAGCGAAUCGGAAAGCAGGAAAGCUGAUCUGCGCAUACACCUUCGACGCGGGGCCAAAUGCUGUGAUUUACUAUCUGGCAGAGCACGCCCACCAGGUGGCAGGAGUAUUCAGAAAUAUCUUACCCCAAGUGCCAGGUUGGGAAGGCGAGUUCGGAGGAUCUAUUCGACCGAAUGAGUAUGGAGGGUUGGAACAGAAGACGUUGAUGACCUUGAAGGCGGGCGUGAGCCGGGUCAUCUGCACAGCGGUGGGAGGAGGGCCAGAGAAGGUGGAGAGACAUCUGGUGGACGCGAGAGGGAAUGCUGUGGUGGACUGA